UUUGAACACUGACGCCCUUGGGACUCGGAGGAGUUCAGUAGUAAUUAUGAGCUUUCCUCAAGGACCAAACAAAAAUCAGGCGUACCCAAAUUAGAAAGUAUAACGAUUUUAUGCGUGUCCUUGCAAUUGCAACUCCAAGAAGUUGAGGAGACAACUCAUAUUUCCCGCGUCCAGAAAGGAAAAUUAGGGAAAGGGCAAAAUAGAGAUGAACAGUACAUCACCAGCUCAUUCAUCAGUCUCAACAACUGCUAUCGUUGGAGGAGGCAGCGUUACAAAUCCCUCGUUCGAUGAAUUUCAAUUCCCUUCCGAUCUCAUUUCCAUCCAUGACCGCAAGGAAGAGGCCUUUCUUGUUUUGAAAGCUGAUCUAAUGGCUACACUUAACAAAGAGGUUAAAUCCUUGGAUGAAGAUAACUGGAAAUUUGAAGGACCUCGUUCAUGUAUCCACCUUAUAUCAAGGCCAGGUGGAUUUCCUAACAAGAAGAUGGAAAUAACAAAGAGUAGGAACUUGGUGCAACCAAAAAAUAAUUCAAAUUCUUCAGACAGGUCAUGUCUUUCUUCUGUUGACUACUGAGGAAUCUGUUCAUUGGUUGCUGAUAAAUUUAAAGCAUUUUGCCAUCGCUUUGGUGGAUCACCAUAUGCAAAUUUUGAUUUUCAUGACAUUGGUUGAUAGCUUCAAGAACUUUCUGCUGGGAAAGCACAUGAUAUCAGGAAGUUGUCCAGGGAAAAUAUUAUUGGCCACUGUAGGGUAAUUGCAGCUAUUCAUUUAUAAUAUUCACUACUGUGCUUUUGAAGGAACAAAUUUUCUGUUUAGACAUAAUCAUUUUAGGUUCGGCAUGAAGGGGAAACUUCUGGAAUGUGUUGGCGCAGUUGAACAGAUGAAGCGAGCCAUUUAUCCACCUAUUGAAUUUUUGGGUGUUUCUAAGUUUUCUCGAGACUAAUUUCUUAGUUCUUGUUGAACCUGAGUUAAUAUCGAUGACUCCUCACAUAUGAGUUUUUGUGAACCUGAAUUAAUAUCCAUGACUCAUCACAGACGAGUUUUUGUGAA